AUGCUAAAUAGUCCAUCAGAUGAAACAUCGUGUAAGGUAUUUGUAGAUGAAGUCUAUGAUCCGUCAACAGAAGAACAUGUGACAAUAGCUUUCUUCAUUAUCUACAGUUUUCAAUUUGUUAUGGGAUUUAUUGGAAAUACAGCUGUUCUGUUUUUAACAUUACGUAAUCAACGUCUUCAGACAGUUCAAAACUUAUUUAUGGUUAAUUUGGCUGUCGCAGAUCUAGUUGUUUGUCUAUUCUCUUUACCUAUUACUCCCAUUACAAAUAUUUACAAAAAUUGGUAUUUUGGAGAGAAGAUGUGCUACUCAUUGUCUUGGAUUCAAGGCACCAGUGUACUUAUCGCUGCUUUCUCUCUCUGCACAAUAGCCGUCGAUCGCUAUUGUAUGAUUGUCAAACCACAUUGGAAGAGACUAUCGCGAGAGAAUGCUCGUUAUGUUAUGCUUUUCUUGUGGUUCUUAUCAGCUAUCGUUACACUACCAUAUUCAUGGUAUAUGAAAGUUAUUGAAUAUGAAGGUUUGUGUGGCACAUUCUGCACAGAGGAAUGGCCUGAUGAUAAGCUUAGAAGAUCGUACACGAUAUUCGUACUUUGUACGCAAUUCUUCGUGCCAUUCUCCAUUAUGUUCUUUUGCUAUUAUAAAAUCUUUGCUCAAUUGACAAAACGAACACGAGCGAAGCUUAAAAAGCUCAAUGAUCGUUCAUUGAUUUUGGCAGCUUCAAUGCCAAUUAUGAGUACAAUGAUAAAACGAAUUCCGAAUCAAAGUCAAGAAGUUGAACAGUGUCGACGAAAAUGUGAAUUACUUGCUCAAACUCGUAAAAAUACAUUGGUAUUGGUAUCAAUGGUUGUUGUAUUUGGUGUCAGCUGUUUUCCCCACAAUGCUGCUUCCGUCGCUUUAGAAUUUACGGAUGGAAACAUAUUUCUGAGUGAAGAUGGCCUCAAAGAUUAUUCAUAUUUAAUAAGCUUAGUUACUCAUAGUAUAUCAAUGAUGAAUUGCGUCGCCAAUCCCAUUCUCUAUGGCUUGCUCAAUCCCAGCUUUGUUGAAAUAUUUCGUAAAACGUGUGCCGACUUCAAAGAUUCAUUUCAUCGUCUAAAACGCAUGGAAACAGUCACAUCCAAUAGUACAAUGGUAUGA